AUGUAUUCUGGCAUGAUGGCUGAACGAGGUUUACUAACACUCAUAAUUUUUGCCCUGCUGUCUAUCAGUCAAGGUAAGCAUGAAUAGGGAAGGGGUGGGUGGUGCGCAGUUGCUCAGGUACUGACACUGAAGCUACAUAUUCUCUGUUGCCUUUUAGAAAGGCUUAUUUAAGGUGGCUUACAUUAAUUCAUUUUGAAUUUUUCUACACAUUAAUUCAUUAUGAAUGGUGUCCAAAAAUCUACAAUCAGGCUUACAUACUUGUUUUUUAAAGAAAAUCCGUGUCUUUAAAUGCCCAAUCCUGUGAUUACAGAUUAGUUGCCCCCUUUCCUAGUACGAUUCAGUCAAAAUAUCCAGUUUUUUUCUCAAAACUAUACAAACGAAAAUCACAUUUGAUUUAGCACCGCCUUUAUAUUCAGUUUGAUACUUUGAGAUGGCUCAUGUGGAGUUUACUUUUAUGUAACCUUACAGAAAGAAAAAUCUUGAUUUCUUGGUUAUGAUUCAGUCAUAAAAGAGUAUUCCUGAACUUCCUGUGACUCCUGAGUCACGGGAAGAGAAGUUUUAAUUAAGGAUGUUUCCUAGAGUCUGUAUUGUAGCUAUGGUAACCCUGUCUGAGUGAAAAGUUGAGAUAAUUAGGGCUUUUGACACUCUUUUUAAGGGUAUUUCCUGAAGUUAAGUGGGGUUAUAUGGAUUCUAUAGAAAAUUAGUGUACCACUGUUGUAAAGGAAUGCCUUGCCAUUUGAUGAAAGCUUGCAGUUUGCCUUCUUUUUCAAUGGCAUGUUCACUUACUCUGUUGUAACAGUUUAUCAAGAUUUCAAGAGUCCAGUAUUGAACGAAAGGGUGGAAAUUGCUCACAAGACUGAAUUUUAUUCUUACGAAAGCUUAUACGAACCAAUCCUCACGAAAGCGGAAACGGACUGAUCUUAAUGAAAGUGAAAACAAAGUGAUCCUAAUGGAAGCGAAAACGAAGUGACCUUAACGAGAGCGAAAUCACAUUUUAACCUUUAAGCAUUUAAGAGGCUAUGUCUGUCAUGUUCACUUGGAGUUUUGUCGUAAAUGUACGAGAAACAUUUUCGCAGUGACAGACGCUUGUUUUUUAGUUCUUUUGUCCACAAGCAAUAUUUAUUUUUUGCUUUUUUGACCUACAGGUUUGGAAAAUUGUACAGAGCCGUGUCUCAUAUACACUGUUUCAAAUAGAAUUGACGCAAUUGAGUUAGCUUCGUCCAGAGUGGUGAACCUGGUGUCCAAUCUUACGUUACCACUCGAUCUUGAUGUCCAUGUAAGCGAAAGAACAUUAUACUGGAGCGAUUCCAACCAACGUGUCAUCAAACGUAUGAACAUGUCCAGUGGUGUCACGAAAGACAUUAUUACAGAAGACCAUGGAUAUGUCGGUGACCUUGCCGUGGAAUGGGAAAGUCGCCUUUUAUAUUGGACAGACUCGUUCUACCACAGGAUUGAAGUUGCCUCCUUAGACGGCACCAAAAGAAAGGUGCUCUUCAGCGAGUCCUUGAGCUAUCCGGCUGGAAUAGCGGUGCACCCAAAGAAAGGGUGAGUAGAAAGUGUAAAAUGGUCGCAUCUAUUUGAGGCGAGUUAGUUUGCGUCUCAAGGAAUGAAAAUUUGGCAAAGUAUCUUUUUGCAGUGACAUGGUUUUUCAUAGAGGGGCUUGAAAAUGGAAUGAAUUAACGGUCACUGACCUACAGAAAACAAUGAGACAUUAUUUUCCCCUGCCGUCAUGAGAAUUAUGCUUGCUCCAUUAUCUCUGAAAACGUACUCAGUGAGUUCUUUAAACUUAUAACAGUACUAGCAUUAAAAAUUAGGAACAGUCAUCGACGAUGGUCAUUUUUAUUUACAAUGUCACCCUUGAAGCCCUUAUUUGUAACCUGCGAUGAGGCGUUCCUUAAUUUGAAUUUUGCUGGGAGGGCGAAGCACCAGCAAAAAGAACGUACGAUCUGAAAGAGACCCUGUUUCCUUCUUGCAGAUGGAUGUUUUGGACAGAUACGUUGGGAGCUGCCAAGAUUGAGCGAGCAAACCUUGCUGGCUUUGAUCGAACUGUCCUGGUUGAUCUCACCAAUUCAUCUCAGUUCUGGCCAAAUGCUAUUUCCGUAGACUAUACUAACGAUCGCAUCAUUUGGGUUGAUGCCUGGACUGGUGCAGUUGAUUCGGCUGACUUUCAAGGGCAAAAUAGACGAAUGGUGGCAUCUCAAGUUCCCAUGUAUCCGUAUGACAUCAUUCUCCAUGGCGACACGCUUUACUGGAGCGACUGGGUAGAAGAUGCUAUUGAGAUGCUUAAUUGGACAACUGGCGAUUACUUAGGAAACUUCAGCGCCGUGAUUUCCGGUAGUGUUUAUGGUCUCGGUCUACUCGAUAAAUCAAGACAACCAGCGUCAGCAGGUAAUAAAGGUUAAGUUAAGUCUUUCAGUUUCCCAUGAACAUCGUCCUGUUUUUUGCUGAUAAAACUCUAGCUUGAUGUACCUUAAGGGGCUAGUUCAGGCAAGUUUGGAAUAGAAUUCUACCUCCCUUGGUCAAGCUUAAAGAUAUGGUAACGAAAAAGAAGAAUAUAUGUACAUGUUAUGCUUUUCGUGAAUAUUACGUGAAAAAUCAAGAAUACAAUGAAUAUUGAUACAAAGGAAAGGACGAAAAUAUGUUUCUUUUUUUGAUUUCUCUACUAGAUAAAAAGAGCCAUAUUCUCUUUCUGCAAUUAGUAUUGAACAAAACCGGACAUAGAUAUUUUAAAAUGAGAAAUCCUGUUAUUUCACAACUGUAGUUCAGCUUCAAUUACAAUGGCAAUUAAAUCUGUUUGAAAUUUGAAAUUCACGUAAAAGGUUCUCUUCCUUUUAGAAAGUCAGCUCUGUAAAAUAGACAACGGAGGCUGUAGUUACUUGUGCCUUUUGACACCCAACGGAUCUCUUUGCGCCUGCCCUGAUGGCAUUCCUUUCUCAAAAGAUGGUAAACGCUGCCUUGCAGGUAAGAAUUUUCUUCUUCUGCCAGGGGAUAUUUUAAUGAUGGUUAUUGCCAUACGUUUACUAGUUGCUGAUUCUAAUUUGAAUGUCCAAAUAAAAACUUUAUGAAGCCUAAACUGAAACCAGGGUUAAAUAACGACAGCGAGGAUACCGUUUUAAUAAGGGGAGGUCAGAUCGAUCAAUGCCGUUCAUUGAAAAGCGAAUGCCGCCCACUUACGGUUAAAAAUUUAAUUUUGGUGACCAUUUUCUGAUUUUCUGAUUGUUACUUGCGAAAUAAAUCGAUUUUGUAAUAAAUUGACCAUAUCAGCGCUUUUUAAAAAGAAUAAUGACAACAAAUUAAGGCUGAUCGAUGUUACUAGCGUGAGCUAUCUUGGGAAAAGGCUGCUGCUUAUAGUGAUGUGACAAAGGUGAGUGCCGCAUAAAAACGACUGUAAGAAAGCAAAGAACUCAGCUAAAAGAGGUUAGGAAUAAAUCAAAACGUCCCCAAGACUCUAAAUAUCUCAUUGAUCUAUGAACAAUGUCUGGAAUACUUUAAAUGUCACCUAGAAUCUAAGACCCUGUUCUCCACUACCUGGAAAUUGAAAAAGGACUUUUCCGUUAAAAUUCUUCUCAUCUCAGUUUCAGAGAUUACAACAUUUCUUCUCUUUGCUGAGGGAUCAAACCUGAGACAAAUGGCUUUCAACGCUACAACGUCACGGAAAAUCCCCCUCAAAGUACCUGCGUCGCAACCCAUCGCGUUGGAUUUUGACUUUUUGGAAGAAAAAGUCUACUGGGCAGACAUAACACUGGGAACAAUCUCCCGAGCGUAUCUCAAUGGAUCAUCUCAGGAGACCGUGGUGAGAGGUGGGCUCAACAACCCAUAUGGACUUGCUGUAGAUCCGUUUGGUCGGAAUAUUUACUGGACAGACAGCACAGAGCAAGUAAUUGAAAUAGCAUCCACAGAUGGACUCUACAGACGAGUACUUAUUAAAGAUAAUUUGCAAAAUCCAAGGGAUAUUAUCUUAGACGUCACUCGAGGGUAUACAAAUGUAUCUUAUUCUUUAUGUGAUUGUUUUAAAGAUUAUUCCAGUCAGUUUGUGUAAAGCUUUUAGUUUUGUGCGCCAAAUAUCAGUAAAUUCGUGAAUUCGUUAGACAAAACUCGAUACAAGAGUUGUUUGUCAUUGAAAGUUAUAUCUGGUUAUGUGCAAAAUGAUUGGCCAGUUGCGGCGAAUGAUGUCAGAUGUGAUCGUUUCUUUGCGAGCCAUAUCACCAGUGGUAUCUUAAUUUCAUCAAGAAACGACAUCGAUGCAAAAUGACUUUCAGCAGGAAUAUUAAUUUUUUUCAUUUUUUUUUUCUUUUGUUUCGAAAAGUUUUUUCCAAUUUUUGUUUUUAUUUUACUUCUGCAUUUUUUUCUUGCUUUUCAUCACCAAUAGGUACAUGUAUUGGACGGACUGGGGAUGGGACGAGAGGAUUGAGCGAGCAGAUAUGGAUGGCACAAACAGAGGAGUGAUUACUCGUUAUGGACUGUUGUAUCCUAACGGCCUGACUCUGGAUGUUUCUAGGAAUUGGCUCUAUUGGAUCGAUACUUUUUAUGGAAAAUUGGAAGUGUACCAGUUUCCAUCUAACACAAGGAGAAUCAUAAUCCCCGCAUAUAGGGAACCAUUUCUUACUUCUCCAUUGGGGCUAACACUCUAUGGGAGUAAUUUCUUUUGGACUGACACACAUCUUAAUGGAAUAUAUCGAGCGGACCGUAACACUGGAGGAAACGCUUCAAAAGUCCUAUCUACUUCUUCUCGACCAGCUUUGAUUCAUGCGUAUGACAGGAACAUGAAUAUUACACCAGGUAUAAUUCAACCUCGAUUAUCACAUUUAUAGAAUAGAAGUAGUGCGUAAAACGUACAACCGAAGGCUCGUAUUUCAUUAAUUGCGGAACACAACCAAGCCGAGAAGAUCUGGUUAUCUCGUGAUACGCAAAAUGGUAUUUUGCGUGCACGACAAGCUGUACUAUGGGUAUAACACGAGAUACUAUUUGAGCACGAGUCUAGGUGAACUUAUUCUAUCGCAUGUUAGUUGCUUAUGAAGUUGGACGGUUUUUCUUGGCCCACACUGUACUUAUCGUGACAUGUAUUUAAAGUAAAGUGGUUUUGCCCUUUGGUCACAUGUUCUGUUUGUAAUAUGGGCCUUUCCGCGAAUAUUUGAUGUACAUUAAAGUAUUUGGUUUGUGCAUUAAGAAGAACGGUUGCUUUCGUGCUAGUUGCUUUACUCUCUCUUAAUGCAACACCAGAGAUCCAACCAGUAAAAAGCAGCCGUUAACGGUUACAUAUUUGCUUUCAGUUCUCAUUUAUUAUCAUUAUCGUUAUCGUUAUCGUUAUCGUUAUCGUUAUCGUUAUCGUUAUCGUUAUCGUUAUUAUUAUUAUUAUUAUUAUUAUUACCAUUAUUAUUAUUAGUUGUUGUAUUGGCCCUUGCAAUUCAUUCUUGUUCCGUUUCCAUUUUAAUUCUUGGCAACUUGUGUAAAAUUUAGACAAGAUGAAGGUGUAUUCACCUAAGUAUGUUAUUUUGUAGUAACGGAUCAGUGCAUGAAUCAAAAUGGUGGAUGCAGUCACUUCUGCGUACUCUCAACCAGUGGUAAAAAAUGUAUGUGUUCUGCGGGGUUUUAUCUUCAAGACGACGGAAAAGGUUGUAAAGGUAAUAAAUCAAAACAUCCAUUACACACCUGAGUUUGACUAAAACAGAGUGGCGUGUCUUGGAAAUAUUUUAAUUUCUCUUUCUCAACAAGCACUAUUUAUCUCUUAAAGUGUUUAUGACACAACUUUUCUCGUAGAUUGGUAACGAGUUAAUUAAAAAUAUUAAUGUUUUUCAUUUUUUUUAGAUUUACUGUUUAUAAUACGAAACAUAAUGUUCUGCGGUAAUUAUAGAUAUCCACGUUCUUUUUCAAAAGCGUUCAGAGGCAAAAUUCAAGAAACGGAAUAAAUUGAUGAGAAGGAAAGGAGUUACUCCGACUUGUUUUGUCAUUUCACUAUUUGAAGCUGAGCAAGUAACGAAACUAAUUACUUUGAUUUUGUCAAUCAGGUUUUCACAAGGGAAUAAUAAUGUUUUUGAUCGUGCGGAAUUGCUAAAACUCAGGGAUAUCCGGAGAAUAUUACUCUAGUGAUAUUCCUCAAAGGCGGUGUCUCCUUCCAGAAAAAAAGAGGCCUUUGCAUCAGUGAUCUUAAGAGUAAACUUCCUUAUCGCAGUGUGCAAACAUUGUAAUACAUUUAAAUGUCUUCCUACAGCUCAAAGAGAGAUCCUACUUUAUGCAGAUUAUUCAUAUGACAAGAUAAUGAGGGUUUCUCCGCACGACUCUGGAUCAUUUAAUCGAUUGCCGUUUUCAAACAUCUACAGUCCUUUCGCGCUGGACUAUGAUAAAGUAGAAGACAGACUGUAUUGGACACAAUAUGGACAGAUCUCCCGCGCAUUUCUUAAUGGUUCUUCCCAAGAGACCAUUAUUGACGAGAACUUGUACACCACGUACGGACUAGCAGUGGACAGUGUUGGAAGAAAUCUUUAUUGGACCAAUGCAGGAAAAAGUAUGUUGGAAGUUUCUAAACUGGACGGUUCUCGUCGGAUGGCUCUUAUGACUCGUAACGUAGAUCAACCCAUGGACAUUAUUCUGGAUGUUUAUAGGGGGUUAGUAUGCAGUUAACAGAUGGAUUAGUGUUCAAGUUAAAUAGGCAAGGGGAUAAACAGAUUCUGAAGUUAAAACGGUCAUAGGCGUUUCAAUAGUUUCAUUGCUCCAAGUUGCGACCGUUUUGGUCGCCGUGGCGAAUGAAAAAUUUUAUAAGCGACUACAAUUUUCAACAGAUUUGAAAAAAGAAGUCUAAAAAUUUAUUGAUGUUUGGUGGAAUUAUCAAACGUACAAACGCCAAUGACGCAACAUGAACUGUCCUUCCAAACGCUGUCCGUCUUCGUUCCUUUUUUGCUUAUUUAGACACAUUUGUAUUUAGAUAAUUAGUAUAUAUCACACAGGCCACAAAUGCUUUUACACGUGCUCUGAUUAGACCAAUUCCGGAAUAUUGAUAGGAAUCGUGAUUAAUUUUUUUUCUGUCUAUACAAAAAAUGUUUUGAGCUCGGUAAAGAAUUAAGAAAGAUGUUUUUCGUCUUGUCACGAGCGUGGGACAAAGAAAAAAUUACCAUCUCUACUAUUUCUAUCUACAAACUUUACGCUAUCGACAUUGCUAAUCCUAGAAGUAUGCAGGACGCGUGUCAUAUGAACUUCGUAAUAGACCUCGCUCAACAUAGGGUCUCUGUGGCUCAGUGGUAGAGCAUCGGAGCGCGGAAUCCGAAGGUCUGAGGUCCGAUUCUUCAUAGGGACUCAGAAUUUUUUCUUUGUCCCACGCUCGUGACAAGACGAAAAACAUCUUUCUGAAGAAAGGUCUUAAUACAAGAUUAAGUACGCGUCUAAUUGCCACUGUUAUUCCACAAUAACUUCAUUUUAGCAAACUAGGUCAUAAUGUUACUCGUAUCGUAUUUUUCCUCGCUCCUAUCGUACUCGGAAAAAUACAACGCAACUCACGAAAUAGUCGCGCGUAUUUUAUGUUAAGCCGUUGGAUGAGGUAGAGAGAUUGAAUAGCGUGAACUGUAAUGCAAAGUUAAGAUUUUUGAUUGAGAAACUCGGCAUCUUUAACUACUACUUCCUUAUAAUGGUCCAACCUACAAAAUUUCGUAUUUUCCAUAUUUGACGAGGAUAAACUUUUCUUAAUACAAACACUCUGUGAAGGUAUGUCCUUUUCUCUGAAGCAAAAAAAUUGGUCACACACAUGUUGAUUACGACAGAUUCCUUACACCUCUACGAUUUCGAUAUGAUACCCGUUGGCUACUGGCAUAUCAUCUGAAUUAGCUGUCGUUCCAAACACGCUUUAACGUCGAACCUUUUUAAGUUCCUUUGAGUAUAGAGGCGUUUGCAAGAGGCCUCUUUCAAAUUAAUGUAUGCCUGUAGUCAAGUUAUACCCAAGAAAUUACGUACAAUUGUUUGUUUAUUUAAAGUUGUCAACAAGUCGCUUACUACUCAUGUUUUGCACAACAUUUUUGUUUAUAGAGUGAUGUAUUGGACAGACCGGGGCACUAACGCAAAAAUCGAAAAGGCUGAAAUGACAGGCAGAAAACGUGUCGUUAUCGUUAGCUCAGGACUGUAUCGGCCAGACGGUCUCACACUUGACAGAAAGAAAAACCGCUUGUACUGGAUCGAUGCCUGGUACCGAAAAAUAGAAUAUCUGGAUAUGAAUCAAAAUAAGAGGGUGGUGCUGCUAAGUUCUUACAGCCUAUAUGGUGCCUUUGGUUUGACUCUGCUCGGAGAUUACUUGUACUGGACGUCGGGUUGGUAUAGUUAUGGUGUUUAUCGAGCCGAUAAGGAGACUGGUAGCGGUGUCACCAAUUUCAUCAGCGGCACUGGAUCGUUAAAAGGCAUUCGUGGAUAUAACCUUAGUGAGCCCUUUCCAACAGGUAAAAAUAAAUUUAAUGAGCAAUAUCGCAUUUUGCAUACAUCUUUAAAUACUAGCCCAAAUUUUUCAUAAUUAUAUAAUUUCGAACUCCAGUUAAUCGUUUGCAUUGCUCUCAAUCUUUGAUCCCUUUUUAGUUUAGGUCUCUUUUUGUUUGUCCACUCAGCAAACUAGAAGAGUCUUUGAAAGAUUUAUUCCGUCGGAAGGUGUCACUGAAGUUGUCGUUGUGUUACUCUCUUAAGUUCUUGAGAGACUCCUUCAGGAAUUGAUGGAAGCUAGUUCCCAUACAUGCGCUUAAGUGUUAUGGGGAAGAUGUUCUUACAAGUUGCAAAGCAGUCCGUAUGGAAAUUGUCAGUGGAUAAUUCUAUUGCGCAUGAGCCAAUCGGUAUAUCUAGGCGCGCUCUCAGAGGAGUACAAAGUGAAGGCUAUCCGGUUCGCUAACGUUUAUCGCACGUUAAUUUCUUGUAAUAGAAGGUGGUUUCCCCAUCAUGAGUAUAUACCUAGCUUUCCUCAUUUUACUCAUGUCAUCUCUCUCCCGUGUUCUCUACAUUUACACACGCUCAGCGUGGUUGUGAGAUUGAGUUAAUAAACUUUAACCUCGCACAGUGGCACUGCCUACUUAUAAAUGCUCUGAGAAUAAUCCAGUUUACUUCACAAUCGGAAAGUGCAUGCAAGUUCUUUGAUUGUCAGGCCGCAAUGUUGAACCCACAUAGCUUAUAUUGUUGUUGCUAUAUCGGAUGGGUAUUGCUAGCUAAAGCCUGCAUUCGUUGGAGCGCGCCUCAAAGAAUUCAUGUCGACGAGGUCCCUAGUGUACCUGAGACACUAGCGAUUUUUCCUUUUUAAGUGAGUGCGUACGGAAUCAUAAUGGCCCAACUAUAUGAGCGAAUCACGUCUUUAGAACCUAAGCGUACACACUUCAUUGAAAUAUUAUGCGAUGAAGGACCGAAUGGCUGGCUUUAGAAUCUUGUAGGCUAUCAUUAAGGUCCCAAAGAAUGGCUCCACGAUCCUGAAACUUCUUUUUAAAAUCCAGAUCGUUUUACCAUCAAAACUAGUGCCUGAAUGUAGUAAAUUAAACGAUAUCUUUCUUUAAACAGAAGGAAACUCUUCUUGCCUUGGCGAUUGCAGUCAUAUUUGUUUGUUGUCUCCUAAUGGAAGUGAAUGUGCAUGCCCAAGUCACUCGAUCCUUGGAGAAGAUGGGAGGACUUGUAAACACGACGGUAAUUGAAUGCACCACAAACCCCUUAGGGAUACAAUAAUCCACGUUUUCUUUUUAUGUUAUUUUUAUUAAAAGCGUCGUAAAGUUUCAAAAAUCGAAAUAAACAUUUCAAUUUUCCAUUUUAAUAUUUGUAGCAAAGGGGGUCUCGUCCAAUGAAGGCUUUUAUCUUUGAUAGCACGACCUAGAGUUCCAGACUAACACCUGAAAUAGAUGCAGGGGUGUUAUGCUACAGUGCCCAACAUUUUGUAGGGAUUGAUUAGGCUACUCCCAUUAGGAUUAGCUUUUAAUCAUUGUAAUGAUAUAAAUGCGAAUGGAAAGAAUUAGGUAUGUAUUUGAAAAGGGAGAUCACAUGGUUGACCAAAUGGUAAAGCUAAUCCUCCUUAACCUCUUAGCUACUCAAAUACAAUUACAUCAUCAAAAAUUAAUGAGUAAAUUUUUUUUCUGGCGUUAAAACUUGAAUUUUUCGCGCUUUUGUAAAUCUGUUAAUAUUAGGUCCCUCUUGAACUAGAUGGUUUGCUAAACUAUUCUAAGGUUUAAGAAUUUACGGUUUUUUUUUUAGUACCUCAAAAGAUAUUACUUUUCGCCGAUGGAAGUCUGAGCCAAAUGUAUACAUUAUCUCUGGACAAAUCGAACACGAGCGCCAAAUUGGUACCAAUGGCACAUCCUAUCAGUCGUCCUGCGGCGCUUGAUUUCGACAGUACAGAAGACAGAAUAUAUUGGACGGAUACAAACUUGAAUACAAUAUCUAGGAUGUUUAUUAAUGGAUCGUCUCCAGAGACUAUCAUUUCCAGUGGAGUUUAUUAUCCUUAUGGGCUAGCGGUUGAUCCAGUGGGAGGAAAUAUUUACUGGACUGAUCAUUCUCUUAACAAAAUUGAAGUUAGCAGAAUGAAUGGAUCAAUACGAAAAACCCUGAUUUCUCGAGAUCUAGAUAAUCCAAGAGAUAUUAUCUUGGAUAUCGACGAAGGGUAAGAUUAUAAUCAGGUUUGCAGUUUAGCGGGGCGGGGGAGGGGGAGGGGUGGUAAUAAAGAAUGAAUUUGGUCAAAAUUAUCGAAAUGUAAAUCCCUAACACUGCUCAGGAACAGCUUUUUUGAAGUGCUUGUGGAUCAAAAAUUUUGUUUUGUCUGAAAUACGAAAUCUGAACUUUGGAAACCCUUAAACAGCACUUGCCCUCUCUAGAUUUUCCGGCUAAAGCGCGACUCAUCGAUCACUUGCAUUGUGAAUUGUCUCCACGCUUUUUAUACUCCUGCCCCAUAUAGCUUGGUUUUCAUGCACGUUUCGAAUAGGUGCAAAAAAUUGUCCUUUUUGUUUACUCAUAGUAUCACUGUAGAUGUUAUUUCGAGACGUUUCUUGCUGAUUCAUCGGUCUUCAUCAUGGUUUCUAAGAAUGUUCAAUGUUGGAAUGUGUCAUCUCCUGAUCAAAGCUUGUUUUUAUGUCGAGGGAAAUAAGAGUAUCUUUUGCAUCUUUAUUAAUGAUUAUAAAACAAGUUUACUAAAGUUGAAGCGUGUUGUCGACUCCGUGGCGAACUUAGUCUCGUAGGUUUCACAACUUGUAAUAAUUGAUUCCCUCUUUUGUAAUUAAUCACAGUUUUAUGUACUGGUCCGACUGGGGUAGCAGCCACAAAAUUGAGGUCGCUGGCAUGGAUGGAAACAACAGAAGCACACUGGUUAAAAGAGGGCUUUACUGGCCUAAUGGGCUGACCUUAGAUGGUGUAAAUAACAGGCUUUAUUGGGUAGACGCAUGGUUCCAUAUGUUGGAAUACUACGACUUACAGCGUCAUACGAUUACAACUCUGUUACGUGAUAGAUAUGUAUUAUUGAACCCAUUUGGUUUGACAUUGCUCGAAGAUAAAAUAUACUGGACCGAUUCAAGUUCGGGUGUUGUUUAUCAGUCACCAAAAGACUCUCCGUCAAAUGCAACCGUUCUCGUCAGCGGUUUGUCACAACCAUUGGAUAUACAUGCCUAUGACAGGAAUCAGACUUUUCCAGGUAUCAAUCAGUCAUGACCAUUUCUCAAUUUCUCUAUCUCUCUUACACAUCUGCUCUUUUCAAUACAUAUUAAUGGUAUGAAACGAUCUCCAGCAAUUACGCUAUUUAACAUGUAUGUAAUGAUACAACCUCUAGCUAUUUCUUUCUUUGUCGACUCCAGAUCAGUCGCACCGGGAGACUACCGCUUGACCUUUCGUUCCUUAAUAAUGCAACAAAAUAUAUUCUCCGCAUAAGUUUUUGCUAGGUGUGUCCAAUUUUCACGAUUAUUUGCUCUAAAUGUUGAAUCGACAAAUAUUUCUUUUGACUCUACUUUUAGACCAUCCCUGUUCCAUGUCUUCUGGUGGAUGUUCUCAUCUCUGCCUUCUGAGACCGAAGGGAUUCAAAUGCGCAUGCCCCGAUAGUCUCGAACUGUCGAAAGAUGAGAAAACCUGUGUCCCACAGACAUACAGUAAGACACGUACAACAUUGUAUCGUACUAGUCAUAUUCUUGACUAUUUAAACUCUUAUAAUGUAAAUAAAUAGCUUUACUACGAGAAGAAGAUUUUCAUCAAUCUUUUCCCCGACUCUGGCUCCAUUCUCAUUAUUUUAGUUCAAACUCAUUUUAUGAAGGUAUUCUUGACAUCAAUUCUUGUAUUUUCGUCAGAGUUGCAGCAAUAAUAAACUCUUGCGUCUCAAUUUCAGUUUCGUAUCAGUUGCUGCAGUGAAUCUAAAUGAUAAUUUUGCCUGUAUUCAGCUCGCUGAGCUAACAGCAUUGUUCGUUCAGGUUUUCAGAAAUUCUUACUGUUUGCUGAUGCCUGGAAUGCCGAAAUAUACAUUCUCGAUUUGGAUGAAUCCAAUCUUUUGGCCAAAGCUCUGCCGAUAGGAGCCUUCAUGUAUCGACCAGUUGCACUUGGAAUGGACAUUACAGACAAUAGAGUGUACUGGACAGACGUCAGCCUAAACAGUAUCAGAAGGGCAUUCAUAAAUGGGACAUCACCAGAAGUUCUCGUUUCUGUAAAUGUGUCUAAUGCUGAUGGACUUGCUGUUGACCCUGUGGGAGGAAACAUCUACUGGAGUGACGUUUUCGCCAAAAGGAUCGAAGUCUGCAGAAUGGACGGAACCAUGAGGAAAGUAUUGAUCGACAAGGAUCUAGACAAGCCAAGGGAUAUAAUUCUUGAUCUUUCUAAAGGGUAAAUACUUUUACCUAGUCAUUGUCUCCUAAAAGUGAUUCCUCUGUAAUGCACAGCGCAUCCUGCACUGCGCAUACUGCAUUGCGCAUAAAAUAAUUUGGUGAGCAAGCGCGCGCAUUGUAAGAACAUGGUAUUUGUUUUUUAUUUAAUGGAUGAUGUAAAUAGGAACGAUGGUCUUUUGCUCUUGAACGAGCACGUUUACCUAUAUUUUUUAGUUCAUGAUCUUGUUGAACAAAUUAUUUAGUAAUCACCUUAUUUUUUGUACACUCUAUAACAAAAAAAAAAGUAUAUUUAAAAAAGAAGCUUACUAGUUAAGUUCUACAGGAUCAUUUUGUUUUCAUUAUUAGUGGUCUCAGGACGGUUUCAAAUACAGCCUUCUAAACAAGGGUCUCGAUGGAGUUAUCCAUUAGCCGUUAGGCGUAAAAUUGACAAAUUUAAACCGACAGUCGUAAAAAAAGUUAAUCUUUAACAUUUUUCCUUCCUACUAUUUGUCAUUUUGUGUCAUUUUGGGUUAACCGUAGCCGUGAAAUGGCCAAACUUUUAACCGUUAGCCGUAAACAGUUGGUGUGCUCCUUGCUCUUAUUAGGCAAGUUUCAGCUUACGAGAUUGUGCAGAACGGUAUAUCAGUGCCAAUUUGUUUCAAGAAAAAAUUCGCAUACCUUUAUGUCUUACCAAGAGACUUAACCCAACCAACCGUAUAAUCUCUUGGUCUCACUUUACUAAUAUACCACAGGAGCUGUUUAAGAGAUGUCAUCACAAUCUCUUCUUCCUUAGCCAUCAGCGCACUUUGUCGUUAAGAGGGAACAUUUGCCAUAGAUAUGCCACUUACUUGGUUUUUGCUUUGUUUAAGGUUGAUGUACUGGUGUGACUGGGGUACUGUGCCUAGGAUUGAAGUUGCUAACAUGGACGGAAGCAGUCGGCAGAUAUUGGUAAAAAGAGGAUUAUACUGGCCAAAUGGUCUCACUUUAGAUGAAGCAAAUAAUCGGCUCUACUGGGUGGACGCAUACCUUAACACCCUUGAAUACUAUGAUUUGGAACGUCACACAAUAACAACUUUGAUGGAAGAUGGUUAUAAAUUACCACAUCCGUUCGGUUUGACGCUGUUUGAAGAUCACUUGUAUUGGACGGAUUGGUGGUUAGAUGUUGUUAAUCGAGCGGAAAAGAAGACACUUUCAAAUAUGACGGUUGUUGCCAAGGGCCUUGGUCGACCCAUGGAUAUACAUGCAUAUGAUAGAAAUAAACCUCUUCCAGGUAAACAACUUCUAAAACCCUAGCUCUAUGUCUUUUUUGUCUUCUCUGAGUCACCUCCUUUAGAGCCAUUUUGAAGUGAUGUCUAUAGUGCCGUCAACAUUAAGCAAUGGCUGCUUUUUUUUCAGCUAUCCGGAAGCUGUGAAAAAAUCAAUAAUGGAUUGCUUACUUCUGAUCUACUCGACUGAAGGCGUUUUACUCAAGAGCAAUUUUAUGCAAUUAUCAGCUUUUUAAAAAACAGAGACGGAAGAUGAAAAAAUAUAUAUAUAUUCUCCAUAAUUGAGAAUAUUUGUAGACUGAUUCUCGUCUUGCGUUCUACCUUGAAAUCAAAUCCGUAAUCAUACAGUUCGCGGUUAAAGCUCAACAAAAGCUUAUGUUCUCUUAGUUUGUACAAGUUAUCAUGAUGGUUUGAGGCAAAGAAUGAAAACUAGUAACUUAGUUUCCAAUCAAUGAUUAACAGACACUUACCAAACUACUGUAUACAUAGGUAUACUAGGAGCUGGAGGUGGACUCGUACUUUUUCGUAUAAAUUUGGAGGAGAUCAAAUCAAAAGCUAUCAAAAAAAGGAAACAGGUCACUUUGCAUUUCUCAUGGUAAUGAGCGCUUGACUAUGUUGAAGUUUCUUCGUCACCAGAUCACCCCUGUUCUAAGUCCUAUGGUGGGUGUUCUCACCUGUGCCUUUUGAGACCGGAUGGAUAUCGGUGCUCGUGUCCAGACUACCUGCAACCCGGUGAAAAUUGCUCUAGUUCUGGUAAGUGGUUUACUUGAGGAUGGCCGUUUGGUUUCGACUAACUAUAUCGAGAAUUUCAGUCAAAUAUACCCUUGCCAGACGUUUUCCAAGUCAGGUCCACACAAAACAAAGCAACGACAGUUGAACAACAGCUUUCUUUACUCGACGAGUAAGCUCAGUACAUACCGUCCGAUUGUUAAUGCCAAACACACUGUACUCGUACGUUUUUUCAGGCAAGUUUUCUUUAAGCGUCGAGUGCAUAAAGUUUUUCCCUCUCAUAACAAAUAACGUCCAUGAGAAUUUCCCUCCCAAAGGAAGUUAUUCUUUAUUUAAAGGGGUAAGUUUCUAAAGAAACUGUGGUGUUGUGUCAGUGAGAGAUUAUAACAGGGUAAUUUAGUAUUAUCUACUGAGUUGAUAACUUUAAUUGGCCACCGCAAAGAGUUACAAAGCUGACGUUUCGAGCGUUAGCCCUUCUUCAGAUGACGAAUUACUGUUAUUUAUGUCUAAUCAGAAUCUUUUUUCUGCGAAAUCAGUCCACCUCUAUUCUCCACCUUCUUCAAGUACGCCUGAAGCCACAACAACACAGCAGUCAGCCACCACACAGCAGUCAGCCACCACACAGCACUCAGCCACCGCACAGCACUCCGCCACCACGCAGCACUCCGCCACCACACAGCACUCAGCCACCACACAGCACUCCGCCACCACACAGCACUCAGCCACCACACAACAGUCAGCCACCACAGAGCCGUCAUCCACCAGACAGCAGUCAUCCACCACACGGCAGUCAUCCACCAGACAGCAGUUAUCCACCAGACAGCAGUCAUCCACCAGACAGCAAUUAUCCACCACACAGCAGUCAUCCACCACACGGCAGUCAUCCACCAGACGGCAGUUAUCCACCAGACAGAAUUCAUCCACCACACAGCGGUCAGCCACCACACAGCAGUCGCCCACCGGACAACAAUCAACUCCUCCAGGUCCUUAUGAUUGUCGUUCGAACAAGUGUAAAAAUGGAGGAUCUUGUGUAAUCCCUGGUUAUUUUUGCGAGUGUCCGAAGUAUUAUGUUUGGGACCUCUGCCUUGUUUACGUUGGUAAGCGUAAAUCGAUUAAAUUGAGCUUAUACUCUUGUUUAUCAAGCCGAUUUGGUUAAACCAGGUCAUCUGUUCCCUUAUACCACAGAGAAUUAGUAUGCGGGGAAGAUGGUAGAGAUGUACUUGUAAUCUAUCUGGGCCGUGCUCUACUGUAAUCGUAUUUUCGUCGUCCUUAGAUCUACCGCAUGCACCACAAUUUUGGGCAAGAACUUAUGCAGGAACAGGCCGAAAAUGAGAACUUUUCAACUAAAAACGGAGUAAAUUACAGGCUAGAUUGUAAGAAUUCCUAUUCUAGAGAGGUACUAAGGAUAUCUUACUCCCCUUUGUGUCAGUAGUCAUAAAAGAUCAACUAGGGUUAGAAAACACGAGUAUGGACAAAAGAUGCAAAUCAUAACACAGGUUCUAGAUCAAUACAAAAGUUAGCUGCAAAACUCAAAAUGAAAGUGAAGAAGCUGCCCAGAAAUAAAAUUAGUGCUUGUUAGAAGGACUUCAUAACAUCAUGUGAAAGGUUUGAUAUCUCUCAGUAACAUCAUUGUAAUUGUAGGAGGUACUUUUAAAAAUGCCGUUCUUAUUUUAGGUUCAAGCGCCGUAGAAGUAGAGAUAAAUCUUCAAAACGAGGUAAGGAUGCUGCAUUUUGUUUCUUGCUGAUACCCUUCCCCCUCGCCCCCAGCGUAACCAACCUUGCAUAUUUCUUUUAAGGCAUAAAGCGUUCCGUAGAAAGUGCAAGAACGGUGAAUCAAGUUUUCAUUGGCGGAAGAAGUCAACAUUUUUUAUUUCUUUUCCUUUGUUAUCCAGACCAUCAAUUUCAACAAUGACUGAUUCCCCAUUUGGUUGACGAAUAUCCAAUAACCGUAUGAGCUCUAGAAAAAACAAUGGCUACUGCUUCCUUACGAACCGCAUCUAGAUCUGGAAAAGAUUUAGCUUUUUUAAAGUGGACUUGGAACUGAAUUUCCAAUGUCGGAUCCUUUGCUCUGUCACCAAAUAGGUUUGUUUCGGUGGAUUCGCUUUCAUCUCUUCCACUUUCAACAAACAACAGCUCUAAAUGAAUAGCGCCAGGAGCUAAAUAAACCUCAAGUUGUGUUUAUCUUGAACAAACUUCUCACCAGAUAGCACAAUCCUAUUUUCAUUUUAUUGAAUUCUGUUUAGGCACAAUGGACAACGUAUAACUUCCGAGCUGCAGUGGCAAAAGCUUGCACGGGUUUUUUUUGCGGAGAUGAGGAAUGUGCAAGGUAAUGAUAGGAUCUGAUUUAUGUAUUUGCCCUCCUUGCAUCGGAGAGUUGACCUUCUUUAUUUAAAAAAACUUGAGAAAAAAAAUCAAAAUGCAGAUGAAACGAAUUCCUUUAUCUGAUUGACAAACGCUCGCAUAUUCGUGAAUUUUACGUCAGAGGAAAUUUUUGACAAUCUUAUUAUUGAUAUCAACACCUUCAACACCUCCUUUAGACCAGAUCUUUCAAUCAGCGAAUUUUUUCAACCCCCCCCCCUCCCCUCCCCCUACCACCGCAUUUUAGGCUUUUCCUUAAAUAAGUGUGAAUUAAAAUUCACUUGCAGGAUGUCAAAACGAGAUGUUAAUUCGGGAAAGAAAUUCGUGGCUUCCGACGCCAAAAUACUUGGACUUUCCAUUAGUGGGGAAAAUACUUUGAAAGUAGAAGUAGCUGUUUUAUUUCCAUCUGUGGAAGGCCAGGUUCCUGAACCUGUACCUCGUGCUACACUGGAACAAAUACUCCAGAAAAGUGAAAAAAGUCUUGGGGCAGCCAUUGGAGGCACAAUCAUUAGAAUUGGUAAUAACACUUUUAACCUUAAUCGCGCUUCUCUGGAAAAAGGCGGUCAGCCAGUUUCUUAUAAUAAUAUGAAAGCAAGACAUACCAUAGAGUUUGAGAUCUAUUGUAGGUUAAUGGACGACUAGCUAAUAUCUCCUCCGGGUUCCUUUGUUAUGGAGAACCACACACUUCUGUCUCCAGACUCCGACUUCUACAUCAAUAAAUGCAGAGUUUCAGAAAUUUAGGGAUUUCAAAGCUUGUAGCUUGGUCAAUAACCGAGACAAAAGGAAGCGUUUUGGUUACAAACUGAGCUAAUUCUCAUAAGCCACCCCUUCAAUAUGUUAUCAUAGAAAAUCGAAGUAAGGCUGCCUUGAAAACUUUGCGCCGAUUUAAGUCACGUUUAUUUUUUCACAUCUUUUUUUUUGGCCUCCAUUUUUGAGUCAUCAAUUCGGUGGUUAACUUUAGCUUAUUUGUGUGACCCUAAUUUUCAGUCAAUGUACCGAAAAUUCUCGAUAUCUACCGGAACGUUUUAACGAUUUCGAAAGAAUAGAUUUUCGUUUCGCCCACCCUCCCUUCACAAAGCCUAUAUCACAGACUUUAUAUGAAGUGCUCCAAGCGGUAUGAUUCCUUCCCUUGUACACUAUAUACUAACACGUAAUUUAGUGUUAACAACUGAGUUAAAAAAUGUAAAUUGGUAAUUGCAAUCGCUCUGACGAAGGGCUAAUGCUCGAAACUUUAGCCUUUAAACUCUUUACGGUGGCCUAUUUCCGUUUCAACUCAGUUGUUCACACUAAAUUACCCUGUUAUACUCUCCCACUGACGUAGUACCACAGUUUCUUUAGAAACUUGCCCCCUUUAUGCACUUUACUAAGUUUGGCGACGAUUAUUAUAUAAUAUAUCCACAUUUGUGUCAAACAUUGCAGGAGUUGUUUCUUUUUUUAAUACCAUGUUUGAGGUACGUGCGGUAUAUGAGCUUAGAUACUAAGGCCUGUGCACCAAUCAAAACUUAGGACCUGAUAUGUAUCACAGACACUUGUAAACUUUUAAACGAUUAUCACAUUCUACCUUUUUUUCAAGGCAAAAGACAGGUAGAGAAUCCAACAAAUACUGAAAGGUCUACUCAGGAUAAAGAGACGUUAAACGUGCCAAUUGUUGCUGGGUUAGGAGGCACUGUUGUUCUGUUGGUGCUAAUCGUGGUAUUCUUCGUUUACCAAAUGAUGCGGUGAGGCUUUCAAAAGAAGUUACUUUCUUUUAUUAAUCAGUCAAUCGACCAGUCAUUUUGAAGUAAGCCAACAUAUUUUGGCUUUGACAUUUACAAUCCUGCUAAUCUCUUUCGUCCUUGUCAUUCUCCUUCCUUUUUAUAUUCCAUUCUGCACCUUCUUGCGCUUUGGAGUCUCAGUGUACUUUAGAAAGCUUUUCAGUAUUUUAUUGUUUCAUUCUAUUAUAAAUCGCUUACUCCUGCUACUGAAAAAAUAAAACGAAACAUCGCGACGUAGUCCCUUGGAGCUCGGAGACGUCCCAAUAAACUGCAACUGCAUUGGAAAUUUCAUUUAUUUCUAUACUUGAAAAUGGAGAGAAUAAACAUGACAGAAGGUCAUUUAUAAAGAAUGGCCGGCUGUUGUUGUGGUUGUUUCUUUUUUUCUUAAGAUAUGUCUGAUUUGUCUUACAGGAAAAGAAGUCGUACAGGGAAAAGGACAGACGAAAUAUAUUUGGACAGUGACUUUGUGCACCCCAGGGCCAAUUCUAUGGUUACAUUUGAAAACCCAGGGUAUGUCGGGGAAAACACGACGUAUGAAUCCAUCCACCACAGAAGUGGAUCGGUGAUAUCCAGACAAGAGCAAGCCAACGGGGUUGGAUCCUUGGACAACAACAACGCCACACAGCAAGCAACCGAAAAAACUUUUAUGAGUAACCCAACCUAUGGUGUGCCAUUCACUAAAGAUCCUACAAAUAUCGAAGAUUCUGAAAAUCGCUAUGCCACCAUUGAGGAGAAGAAGACAGAGCCCUAGGCGAAAGAAUCCGAGUUGGCUGAUAGAGUUAGUUACGUAAAUCUUGUAGAAUAGCACAGAAUACAUUGAUAGUAACAUGCUGUAGCGAAAGUGAAUUAGGUUUCCCUGGCAACUUCAUUUUUCUUUGUUUAUUUCUUAAGAGCUUUAGCUACAAAAAACAUGCCGGAGUCGAUAUUUCCACAACAUCCCUAUCGGCUUUUUUUGGGGCUCGAUGUUGGAAUAAAGAGAGAUUCUUUCAAUUCCUUUAGUCGCAAGCUUGGCACAAACGGUUUUUUUUCACUUUUUUUUUUUCAUUUUCCCUCCCAAAAACCGACGAAAGUGCGUGUUUUUCCAUCUACACUGCCAAGGGAAACUUGUUAGUUUGAAUUCACCAUUUAUAUUCCUUUAGUUUGCCUUGCGAUCUCUCUUGAAGCAGGAAAAGGAUAGGGUCAGCAUGAAAAUCUGAUUGUAUAAAUUGUGGCAAUAACUAAAAUUUUUUUAACAUUAUGACGAAGCUACGCUUUAGCAUCCAGUUCUUGGCGGCGGUAGAAUUAAAUAGAUUUCUGUUGUCUUUGAAAAAGUAUGCACAGCGAUUUUUAACUAUUAGCCUUUGCACAAUUACUGCUGUUAGCAUGAAGGCUCCAGUUGAAGAGAAUUGGGAUGGUAUUACCUCUUGAAUGCUUGAGAAGGAUCUCCCUUGCUCUCUUUUAUGCAAUAGUUGUUUGUCAUAAGGGCAGCAGAGAAGAAAGAAUAAGGAAUUAGUCAUAUUACUCUUACAAGUACUGACGAUAUUCCUAAUCACAAUAUUUAUGUUGCAUGCAUUUUGAAAUUGUUAGAUGCACCUUUCUGUUUAUGUUAUUAUAGCAAAUUAAUUUGACUUUUGCUUUUUGAAUGGAUCACGAUUGGCUUUCUUUCGUUUUAAUCUACUUAGUUUUUACGUAUAUUCAUUCCUGGUGUGAAAUCCUCGUUAAUUAAGCGAAAUAAAGUUUCUUGAGUUAUUUUAAUGUCAUAAAAAAUUAGAUAUUUUUUUCCAUCAGUGUUAUUUCAAAUAAUCACAGUUAGAGAGAAAAGAUUAAAGAUCUUAGGUUAAUCAUGUUUCAAUGUUUACUUUGCAUGUUAUAAUCCCUGUUGAUGUUAUUACCCAGCUUAAUAUCUUUCCUAGUUCGUUCAUUAUAUAUUUCCUAU